AUGAAAGUGAUUUAUUCCGAAGAAUGUGCAAAACAUGCGCCAAAGUAUGAGAUACUAUCUGGCAAUUUGGUCGACUAUUUUGAAUCUCCAGUUCGUAUAGAAAUUAUCAAGUCUCACCUCCAAUCCUUUUCUUCAUCGCAUAAUUACACCUUUCACGAGUCAACUGAUUAUGGUAUCGAUGCGAUACUAGCAGUUCAUGAUAGCGAUUUCGUUCAGUAUUUAAAGACGGCAUAUGACGAAUGGUGUCAAGAAGGUGGGGACAAGAACGGGAUUCUUCCGGAAGCAUUUCCGCAUAAGAAUAUGCCAUCUUUUGGAAGAAACUCGGGUGCGGCGACUGCUAUUGCAAAAGCCGGGCAUUAUUGCUACGAUUUGUCUUGCUGCAUUAUGGGUGGCACCUGGUUAGCAGCAUACGCAUCGGCACAGGUGACAAUCUCGGCAGCAAAGGCGCUUAUGGAAGAUUGUUCUUUGCCGAAUGAAAAUGGGCCGAUUGGUGUCUUUGCGCUUUGUCGUCCGCCUGGUCAUCAUGCAACAAACAAUCUGUGUGGAGGCUAUUGUUUUCUUAACAACGUAGCGAUAGUCGCUCGGCUUAUUAUUUCGGCUACUUCAAAGAAAGUAGCCAUACUAGACAUUGACUACCAUCAUGGCAAUGGAACGCAAGCAAUAUUCUACUCGACGUCUAAUCCAAUAUACGUAUCUCUUCAUGGACAUCCCGAUUAUCCGUGGUUUUCUGGACACGCGUCCGAGACUGGUGAAGGUGAAGGUGAAGGAUAUACAGUCAAUGUACCGUUAACAACGGAAACAGACGAUAAAAAGUAUUUGGAGGCCUUGAGAAGUGUUAUUCAAAAGAUUAUUGCUUAUGAAGCUGACUUUCUUGUUGUUUCAUUGGGCGUCGACACAUUCAUGCACGAUCCUAUUGCUGGAUUCAACAUGACAUCUGGUGUAUACAUCGAGAUAGGCAAACACAUCAAGUCUAUUGGGAAGCCAACAUUGUUUGUUCUAGAAGGGGGAUAUCAUUUGGAAACCAUUGGAAUAAACGUUGGAAACAUUUUGGAAGGAUUUAAUUCAUAG